AAAAACGAAUUUGUUGAAAUGAAUGAGAAUUGGGAUCAAUUUGUAGAAACGAAGAGAGUAACAGUGCAAGAUUUUUCUCCUUCCGAAAGGAUUUGAAAGAAACGUAACAGUGGUGCAACUGCAACAUCACUGCAUCCUGGGCACCCAACUCAAGUCCCAGCGGCCAGCGGCCCCCCCUCUCUCUCUCUCUCAUCAACUUUAAAGCACGAAGAACCAGAACAGAUAAACACAAAUUCGAGCCCCUCUUUCGCUUUCUCGAUUGCAUGCAUUUCUCGUGUCCGUGCGAAGCCGUGUCGUCUCCCCUCUGUGACAGUCUCUGUUUCUCUCUCUAAAGGUUGCCUUUUUCCUCACAAAGACAGAUCAACAGAAUUGUCCCUCAAUUGGACUUCUCUUUAUUAUUUGCUUUCGGUUUUCAGCAAAAACUUGAAGAAAUCCAAUUGAAGAAACUGGUCUGGCAACAACUUAUAGCAUUGAGUAAUGCCGGCUUUCGGAUUUGCAAUCUUCAAGCCUUUGGUCGGUUUUGGUCCCUUUGGCUAAAGACCAAUUGAAGAAAAAUCAAACACCCAAAUACGCGUCAAAACUCAAGAGUUGCGUCACGAAAGGUUCUAUAUAUAUUUUCUUCUUUUCUUAGUUUUCUUUCAUUCUCUUUUGGAUGGUUUGGUUGGGUAGCUCACCGAAAAACAGAGGGUUGAUGUUGUUGAACGAUUGAAUUCAUGCGUUCUGGUGGGAAUUGAAGAAAGCAGAUACCGACCCAUGUGGAACACCUUUUCAUUUUCUUUCAAAUUUCGUCUAGAUUUUUAAUGAGAAUCAAAGAAAAAUCUGCUUUCGUAUGUAUUAGCCCUGGUUUUGGUGAAAAAACCCACCAAUAAAAGCAUGCUUUCUUGCCCUUUCUGAGUAUUUGGAAGCGUAAAUUUGUUGGUUACUACAACGGUUUGAGUGUCGUGGGGGCUUGAGGCGUGGAAGGAGCAAACCCAUUUAAGAAUCGGACUUGGGUAGCUUAGAAGUGUCAAGGGUUCAACGAAUUUGAUGCUGAUAGGCCGAUACGAAUCAACACUGCUGAAAGCUUUGCAUCUUAUUGUUAAAACCCACAAAGAAGAAUCCUUUUGAUACGUGUGAGGAUUUGGAUCUGUCUUAUUUAGUGGUGAUCGAGUAUAAUUUCUAAAUAUUCUAGGUUGGCUAUUACUGAAAAGGAUGGUUGGAAGUGCAGAAGUAGUCCAGAAUGGGUAUUCAAAUGGCUCCAUUCAUAAUGGUAAUGUCACGGAGGAGAAGCUUGACGAACUCCGUCGCCUUUUGGGCAAAGCUGACGGCGACCUGCUGAAGAUUGUCGGUGUUGGGGCUGGUGCUUGGGGUAGUGUUUUUGCAGCUCUGCUGCAAGACAGCUAUGGUCAUUACCGAGAAAAAGUUCAGAUCAGGAUAUGGAGAAGGCCCGGAAGGACCGUUGACAGAGCCACGGCUGAGCACCUGUUUGAAGUGAUCAAUUCGAGGGAGGAUGUAUUGAGGCGCCUGAUCAGGCGCUGUGCAUACUUGAAAUACGUUGAAGCGCGGCUAGGCGAUCGGACGCUGUAUGCUGAUGAGAUUUUGCGAGAUGGGUUCUGCUUGAACAUGAUUGACACGCCACUCUGCCCUUUGAAGGUCGUCACCAAUUUACAGGAGGCUGUUUGGGAUGCUGACAUUGUUAUCAAUGGCUUGCCAUCGACGGAAACUCGUGAGGUUUUUGAAGAGAUUAGCAGGUAUUGGAAGGAGAGACGGACUACUCCCAUCAUCAUCUCUUUGGCGAAGGGUAUAGAAGCUGCAUUGGAUCCCGUCCCCCAUAUAAUCACUCCUACACAAAUGAUUAGUCGGGCAACUGGUGUUUCCAUGGAGAAUAUUCUUUACCUUGGAGGACCAAAUAUUGCUUCGGAGAUUUACAACAAGGAGUAUGCUAAUGCUCGGAUAUGUGGAUCUGAUAAGUGGAGGAAACCUCUAGCAAAGUUCUUGAGGCAGCCCCAUUUCAUUGUUUGGGAUAACAGUGACCUUGUCACUCAUGAAGUUAUGGGGGGCUUGAAGAAUGUUUAUGCCAUUGGAGCUGGAAUGACAGCAGCUCUAACCAAGGAGAGUGCUACCAGCAAAGCAGUAUAUUUUGCUCACUGUACAUCAGAAAUGAUAUUUAUUACUCAUCUAUUGGCAGAAGAACCAGAGAAGCUUGCUGGUCCUUUGCUUGCUGAUACAUAUGUAACCCUGUUAAAAGGUCGUAAUGCAUGGUACGGCCAGAUGUUAGCCAAGGGUGAGCUGAGCCUUGAUAUGGGGGAUAAUAUCAAGGGCAAAGGAAUGAUUCAGGGAGUCUCUGCUGUGGGAGCAUUUUAUGAGUUGCUAAGUCAGUCCAGCUUAAGUGUAUUACAUCCAGAUGAAAACAGAUCUGUCGCUCCUGUUGAGCUUUGUCCCAUCUUGAAGACACUAUAUAAAAUUCUAAUAAAAAGGGAACUCCCAUCACAGGCUAUUCUACAAGCAUUGAGGGAUGAAGCCAUGAAUGAUCCCCGGGAUCGCAUUGAGAUAGCUCAAAGCCAUGCUUUCUACAGACCUUCACUUCUUGGGCAGCCUUGAUUAACAUAGCAUUAUGGUUGUUUUGAAAUGAUACGAGA